GACAGAGAGAGAGAGAGAGAGAGUGAGUGAGAGAGAGAGACACACACACAGACAGAGAGAGAGAGAGACAGACACGGCUACGGUGCAGCACCUGAAACCUGUUGCCGUGAAAUGGACGUUCAUUGAGGAACAAACCCGCGCUGUGGAGUCGGUCACGGCUUUAUUUAGAGUCUUUGUGCAAAUACUGGAUUAUUUCACCUGUCAUGAGGAACCAGGAGGAAAUCCAAGUGCAAAUUGUCUCCUAAAAUUCCACCUGAAGCUAUUAAAGUAAAAAAAACAGCGCACUUUGAACUUUUUACGCACGCAUGGUGAAUCAUUCCCUCCGAGUUCGGACCCUGGACCUGCUGCUUUUCCGGAUAAUGGUGUGUGUGAAUUGUCCUUGCGCACUCGGACCGCAGUGCACUUUGGGUCUGGAAUGAAACUGAGCUGUGAUUUACGACGCUGUGGACUGUGGAUAUGCUGCUGGAGCAAUUACGGUUUCCUUCAGGGAUUUCUUCUUUCCGAAGGGUAGCAAUAAAUUAGAAACAGGGUCCUGAGCUGAGAAAACACUCAAAAGUGUAACGUUUGAAAUUCCACUUUUUUCUCCUCUAAUAUUUGAGUAUAAAAUCUGUGGUCCAGGGACAUUUGACUAUGGGGAAGCCUCGUGCCUCUGCUGCUGUGGUGUUUCGGCUACUUGCUUUGCUUGUCUCACAGCUGCCACAACUGGCUCUCACCGCCUCCAAGGACAUAGUGUGUGAGCCCAUCACGGUACCCAUGUGCAAAGGCAUUGGCUAUAAUCUUACCUACAUGCCCAACCAGUUCAAUCAUGACACACAGGAGGAAGUGGGAUUAGAGGUGCAUCAGUUUUGGCCCCUGGUUCGGAUACGCUGCUCUCCGGAUUUGCUGUUUUUCCUUUGCAGCAUGUACACCCCCAUCUGUCUUCCAGACUACAAAAAGCCUUUGCCGCCAUGCCGUUCUGUCUGUGAGAGGGCCAAGAAGGGCUGCUCACCUCUCAUGAUACAGUAUGGUUUUGAGUGGCCCGAGCGUAUGAACUGUGAGCAGCUUCCCAUGCUGGGUGACCCGGACCGGCUGUGUAUGGAUCAGAACAACAGCGAGACCACCACUCUGUCUCCCUCGUUUCCCAAACCUACCCCCAAGGGCUCGAGCAGGCACCGAUCCACAGUUAAGUCUGGCACGGCUCAGAAGUGUGACCGUGAGUGCCGCUGCCGUGAGCCUUUGGUCCCUAUCAAGAAAGAGGCCCAUCCGUUGUACAACCACGUGCACACAGGCUCACUGCCCAACUGUGCCCUGCCUUGCCACCAGCCUUAUUUUUCACAGGACGAACGUGCUUUUACAACCUUCUGGGUCGGUUUGUGGUCCGUACUGUGCUUCAUCUCCACCCUCACCACGGUGGCCACAUUCCUUAUCGACAUGGAACGCUUUAAGUACCCUGAGCGGCCCAUCAUUUUCCUGGCUGCCUGCUACCUCUUUGUGUCACUAGGCUACAUUGUACGUUUGCUGGCGGGCCAUGAACGGGUGGCAUGCGGUGGCUCUGGUGACCAGCAGCAUAUCCUGUAUGACACCACAGGCCCGGCCCUGUGCACGCUGGUCUUUCUGCUCAUCUAUUUCUUCGGCAUGGCCAGCUCCAUCUGGUGGGUGGUGCUGUCGUUCACCUGGUUCUUGGCUGCAGGAAUGAAGUGGGGAAAUGAAGCCAUUGCUGGCUACUCGCAGUACUUUCACCUGGCAGCAUGGCUAGUGCCCAGCGUCAAGUCUAUUGCUGUUCUGGCCCUCAGCUCUGUGGAUGGAGACCCUGUCGCUGGAAUCUGCUAUGUGGGCAACCAGAGUCUGGAAAGCUUGCGAGGCUUUGUGCUAGCACCUCUAGUAGUCUACCUCUUCUCUGGGACACUCUUCCUGCUGGCCGGUUUCGUGUCUCUCUUUCGCAUCCGUAGCGUCAUCAAGCAGGGAGGCACCAAGACGGACAAACUGGAGAAGCUGAUGAUUCGCAUCGGCCUCUUCACCGUGCUUUACACCGUGCCAGCUACCAUCGUGGUGGCCUGCUUAGUUUAUGAGCAGCACUACCGGCCCGGGUGGGAACAGGCGCUGGCAUGUACCUGUCCCACCGAACGGCAGCAGCUCGGUCUGGGGCCCGAAUACGCAGUCUUCAUGCUUAAAUACUUCAUGUGCUUGGUGGUGGGCAUCACCUCUGGCGUAUGGAUCUGGUCAGGAAAGACAGUGGAGUCAUGGCGGAGGUUUGUGUCCCGCUGCUUCCCGUGCAGGGCCAGAAAGCCCCCUGCCUCAGCUUCUUCUAUGUACAGUGAAGCUAGCACGGCACUAACCGCUCGAGCCGGAUCAGCACCGCCUGGAUCCUACCACAAAUCAGCUCCACCGUCGCACGUCUGAGCAGUAAAUCAGGUCCACCUGGAUUUAACAUGAAGGAUCUUACCAAACUGCCAGCUCAUCCCUUAAGCACCUGAGCGCUUCGGUUCUGUGUGCGCGGAUAAAAUACCAUCACAUGGAAUUUAGACUGGAAAACUGGAUGAACAGCAAUUAAGGAAUUAACUGGAGAUGGAACUUCUGGCUCAAACAAUGAUGGAAAAAAAUCACAGGAGCUACAAGACAAUGAUUCUUGUGGGCAUGUUAUUUAUUUGUGUAUGUAAAUAUUUGUUCCUUUCACACCGUGUUCUACAGGCCGUGCCCCAGCUCUCUGUUUGUGCUUUUUUUUUUAAAUCAAAUACCAGAGGUGGAACAUUUUCACCAUGUACCCAGACCUUGUUUAAUUCGAAAUUCCACAACCAGUCGUCCAGUGUGUUUUUGCUGGUAAACAAUAAGGUGCAGUGGUGAGUUUAGAACGACACAAAACCUCCUGUAUAUAAUUGUAUAAAAUAUUUAGACUGGAAAACAAUUGAAAAUGAAAAGGCUGUCAUCGUAGACAGCGUCUACAGGUAUCUCUACCACACUCGGCUCCAUCUCUAAGAUGAGCGAUGAAGUUUACUGAUUAUUUCUAGCCUGUGUAUAUGUGCACAGUCCGCUUCUGAGCUGAAAGAUAAAUUUGGUACACGCUGAAACGAUGUCGAAACGUUCCAGAGAAAUCUGGGAAUAGCAUGAAAACACACAGUUCCUGAAGGACCUGUAGAAGGUUGUGUGGAAAUGCAGACGCUUCUCAGAUCCACUUAUCACUAAGCUCGACUCCCACCAAGUGGUCAUUUGUGAGCACUGUCACGUCGUUAAAACCCGAGUCCAAACCUCAUCCCUGAUUUAUUUAACCCCCUAAAUCACAUGCAUCUCAGUUUACAGUUCACAUCCAACUAAUAGCUUUGUCUUAGUAAUCAGGGAUUUCAGGCUUCUUGGUCAGUUGUGCUGUCUGAGGCUUUCCUGUGUAAAUCUGUAAUACUUCAUGAUUGUGUGUGUGUGGAUGUGCAUGUGUGAGGUAUGAAGCGCUUGUAGAUCUGCCUAAACGUUUGUUCUUUAUAAAGCCCUCAAACGUGAUGUUUUGGUCAUGAAUUUUAGGAUUCUUUCGCUGCGAUGCACUUAAUUUAACGUCCACAUUUUCUCUCAUCGUUUGCAUCCUGCUGCUUAACGUCAAGUGUAAAUCAUGUAACGGGGUCAUUUCUUUUCCACAGCCUCCUCUGCGGCUUUUUGUGUAAAUACUUUUUUUUUUUCCUUAAACGAAAUGUUGAUUCAUUGCUGAGAUUUUUAAAAAAAAAAACAGAUUUAGAUAUUUAUGAAAAACUGGAGUGUUUGUGUUUUAUUGGUUCUCUUAUUUGUAGAGAAUAAAACUGUGGAGCAAUCCGUAAACAGA